CGUUGGCGUUGUUCAUGAAGUUUAGUAUUUCAGUAUGUGUUAGUAAUCCGUGAUUAUAGUCAAGUGUGUGGAGGUUAUUUGUUAUGUGUUUGAUAAUGAAAUUUCUGAGUGUCUUAAUUGCGGAUUGUGUUUCUUAUUUAUCUGAAGUGGAGGUCGUUUGCGUGGUUUCAUUUUACAUGAAGUGAAAUUUUUAAACAGUUUCAUGUCUGGCACCGAGUUUGCUGUUUCGGGACCCAAUUGUAACCGUUGUAACAUACACUGAAGUUAAUGUGUACUGUCACAUUGUUACGAGCAAUUUUUUAUCAUAGACCGAAAGGAAAGAGUCAGUUUCAUUUUAACAAUGCUCGUAUUUUACGUGGUAAUAAAGUAGGUUAUGACGAAGAGGUAAUUAAAAUGAAAAUACUAAAUGUAGCAGAAAAAAAUGAUGCAGCCAAGAAUUUAGCGGGUUUUCUCUCUGGUGGAAACUUUAAGCGGAGAGAAGGGCUGUCCAGGUUUAAUAAAAUCUAUGAGUUUGAGUGUAAUGUCUUCAAUCAGAGAUGUCAGAUGAUCAUGACAUCUGUUUCUGGACAUCUAUUAGGAUUAGAGUUUGUUGGAAAUUAUAGAAACUGGCGAGCAUGUAGUCCUUUGGCUCUGUUUGAUGCUCCUGUACAGAAGUAUUGUCCACAGGAUUACCAGCAGAUUAAGUGCACACUAGAACAGGAAGUUCGACAGUGUGGGUUGCUCAUCAUUUGGACUGACUGUGACAGGGAAGGUGAAAAUAUUGGAUUUGAAAUAAUCCAAGUUUGUCAUGCAGUUAAACAAAAUCUUAGAGUGUAUAGAGCAAAAUUUUCAGAGAUCACAGCUCAGUCUGUACAGCGAGCACUCCAAACACUUGCUGAGCCAAACAGAAACAUCAGUAAUGCUGUUGAUGUGAGACAGGAGCUAGAUCUGAGGAUAGGUGCAGCUUUCACCAGGUUUCAAACCCUAAGACUGCAGAAAGUGUUCCCACAGAAGCUGAGUGAUUCACUCAUUAGCUAUGGUAGCUGCCAGUUCCCCACUUUAGGCUUUGUUGUAGAACGUUUCAAUGCAAUAAAUAACUUCAUUCCUGAACAAUUCUGGAAAAUAAAAGUGACACAUAGAAUCGAUGAUCUGUCUGUUGAUUUCCGAUGGAAACGAGUUCACCUGUUUGAGCAACUGAGUUGUCAGGUUUUGUAUGAUAAAUGUAGGGAGCAACCCUUAGCCAAAAUAGAAAAUGUCCUAAGCAAACCAAAGAGCAAGUGGAGACCGCUUCCUCUCGAUACUGUGGAAAUGGAGAAACUUGGAUCCAGAAAACUGAAAAUGAAUGCCAAAGAAGUAAUGAGGAUAGCAGAGAAAUUAUACACUCAGGGAUUCAUCAGUUAUCCUCGUACAGAAACUAACAUUUUCCCAAAGGAGCUGAACCUGCGUAACCUGAUUGAGUUGCAGGCACAGGAUCCUAACUGGGGAGAAUUUGCAAGUCGUAUCCUGCAGCAAGGUCCGAAUCCUAGAGCAGGCAAGAAGUCAGACCAAGCUCAUCCACCUAUUCAUCCUACAAAGCAUACUACAUCUUUACAAGGAAAUGAGAAAGAAGUGUAUGAAUUUGUGACACGACACUUUCUUGCAUGCUGUUCAAAAGAUGCCGAAGGACUGGAAACGAUUGUUGAUAUAGAUAUUGCUGGUGAAAAGUUCGUAGCAAAUGGUUUGAUGAUUAUUGCACGUAACUAUUUGGAAGUAUACCCAUAUGAGAAAUGGAAUGCUAAGGAGAUUCAUAUAUAUGAAUCUGGACAGACAUUUGAGCCAACAAGUAUUGAGAUGACAGAUGGAGAGACAGCUGCACCCCAUUUACUGACUGAAGCAGAUCUCAUUGCUCUAAUGGAGAAACAUGGCAUUGGAACGGAUGCUACCCAUGCUGAACAUAUCGAAACCAUUAAAAGUCGUAUGUACGUGGGGUUACAAGAUGGCUCUCAUUUUGUUCCUGGUGAGCUGGGAAUGGGUUUAGUGGAGGGCUAUGACAGCAUGGGCUUUCCCAUGUCUAAACCAAAUCUGCGGGCUGAGCUUGAAGCUGAUCUCAAGAGGAUCUGUGAUGGAGUCAAGGAUCCAAAACUUGUUCUUGCAGAGCAACUUGCCAAGUACAAAGAAGUAUUCCGAAUGGCUUUGCAACAGGCAGAGAAAAUUGAUGAGGCCUUAGGUCGCUAUUUGCAAGAAACAGCCCAAGAAGUUCCACCAAUUCAGACUGAAGAACAAGCUGUCAAUCAAACUGUGCUCAAGUGUCCUUCUUGUGGAAUGGACAUGAUUCUGCGGAACAGGCGAGAAGGCAUGGGAAAGUUCAUCACUUGCAUGGGAUACCCAAACUGCCGGAAUGCCGUUUGGUUCCUAGGCAUUGUUGAAGAUGUGGAGCUCAGUGGCGAGUCCUGCAGUGAGUGUGGACCACAUGUACAGAAACUGAAAUUUAAGUUCCGGCGUGGCUCUUUGGUUCCAUAUUACCCUGACCAUUAUACUGGGUGUGUGGGUGGUUGUGACCCUCAUUUCCUUGAAUGUUUGGGCGUCAGAUUGAGCUCUGUGAGAUCUGUUCAAGGUACACAAGCUGACAGUGGAUUGGGAAGCCUGGAUCAUAGUAAUGGGUCCAGAAACUGCAGUAGUUCUGUCUCAUCUGUUACUCCCUUGCAAACCAGACAGCUGGGAAGUGAUACUAUGAGGAGACAUGGACAUGGAAGGGGCAGUACUCAUGGAACUGGCAGCGUUUAUGGAGGAGCAACACCAGCUUGGAACAUAAAUUCUUCACAGCAUAAUGAGGUUUCAGUUCAGACCUAUAACUGGAACAGUGGAAGUAGAGCAUCUGCUGGAUCAGGGGCUAUCAGAACACCAGGUGUAUUGGAGAAUGGCAACCAGCAUGAUAAUGCAAUUGUAUGCAACUGCAACGUGGAUGCUCUUCUCUUGACUGUGAGAAAAGAGGGGCCUAAUAAAGGUCGCCAGUUCUACAAAUGUGGGAAACCCCAGGGACAAGGCUGUAACUACUUCAUGUGGGUAGAUGAUGAAAACAAUCCAUCUCUCCUCGGCCCAGGAUUUGACAACGGUGGCAGCAGUACUAAUACAGCAACCGCCAGCAACACUUUCUCACGCCCUUCAUGGGGAAUGCAUGCUACAAAUCAAACUGGCAGUGGCUGUGAUGAAGUGAUAUGUCAGUGUGGAUUGCCAGCUAAAAGGUUAACUGUGCAGAAAGAUAACCCAAAUAAAGGACGUCAGUUUUAUACGUGUCCAAAACCACAACACGAAUGUUGUAAUUUCUUCAAAUGGGCAGAUGAUACCAGUCCAGGUGGUGAUGGAAGAUUGAAUGGAAGUACUUGGGGUUCAGCAUCUAGAGGACAGGGUGCUGGAUGCAAGGGGACCAAGCGGCCAGGGCCAACUUCUUCAGACCCUCCUAGGAAGAGGAAGUGUGGUAUAUGCAAACAGGAAGGUCACAACAGGACAAACUGCCCAAACAAAUAGAACUGAUGACAAAUAUGCUCUAUGGAAAAUAAUUUUAUAGCUAUCAGAAUAUUUUUAUAAUAAGGCAUGGAAAAAAGACAGAGAGCAAGCACAUGUCUGUAUGAAUAUGUAUUUGUACUUGUGAGUCAUACACUGGCUUCUGUACAUCCUGUCAGAAGGAAGUAUUAGAACUGAUGAAUGAACGAAAGCUGUUAUAUUUGUCAGAAUGUUUGCAGAAAACUCAUAAAGGUGUCAGUGGAAUAUUAAAACCAGUAUGGCUAGGAAGUCAGUUGCAGUUGAGAGUCAUGAGUUAGUUUGGAGAUGGUAGCUAGCUAGCAAGAGCAUGAGCAUGGAAGCAGAAGAAUCUCCAUUGUUGGGAGCCAUUACCUAGCAACAACUAC